AUGAGCAGGCUACAACAGAGUCAUGUGCAGCCAGCACUUGUGAAAACUGGAAGGAAGACAGCAGGAAUUGAAGAUGUUCCUGAGCGCAGACAAUUUUGCAAAUGGCCUUGCAAGUGUCCACGCAAGCCUUUAUGUUUACCUGGAGUGAGUCUGGUUACUGAUGGCUGUGGAUGUUGCAAAACCUGUGCAAAGCAAUUUGGGGAGCUCUGCACUGAAGCUGACACCUGCGACCCUCACAAGAACUUGUACUGUGACUAUUCUGGUGAUAGACCUAAAUAUGAAUUUGGAGUAUGUGCAUUUGAAACCGGAGUUGGGUGCGAGUCAAAUGGAAACUAUUAUAGACACGGGCAGAUAUUCCAACCACACUGCCACUAUAAAUGCACUUGUGUGAAUGGUGCAUUUGGAUGUACGCCCAUCUGUACGAAGAAAUUGGCAGCUGGCCAAUGUAGAAAUCCCAGGGCCAUUAAGAGAUCUGAAUAUUGUUGUGAAAGGUCCAUUUGUGAUAAAACUGAAGUGAACAGCCAUCAGGCAGCAAUGUAUAGAGUAAUGUCUGCUUAUAAGGCAAGGCCAAUAAUAUGGCGAAAAGGAUGCCCUCUUCAAACAACUCCAUGGAGCUCAUGUUCAAAAUCCUGUGGCCUCGGAAUUUCAGAUCGCGUGACAAAUGACAACAGCAAAUGUGAACUUGAAAGAGAAUAUAGAUUGUGCUUUAUUCGACCUUGCAACACAAGACUUCCAAAAAGUUUAAAGAAAGGUAAGAAGUGUCUACAGACAUUCCGGCCUUCCAAAGCUGAUAGAUUUGUUCUUUCUGGCUGCAUGAGUAGAAGAACUUACAGGCCAAUAUUCUGUGGUACAUGCUCAGAUUCCCGUUGCUGUGUUCCUACCAAAGAGAAAACUGUGAAAGUAGAAUUUAACUGCACUGAUGGAGAAAUGAUCACGUGGAAGAUGAUGUGGAUUGUAUCUUGCAAAUGUCAACAGGUCUGUAUUGACUCAGAGGACAUCUUCUCAGAUUUGAAACUACUGUAG